GAUAAGUCAAGCGAAGAUACUGAGAGACAACUCAUCCAUCCGUCCAUCCAUCCAUUCAAUGAAUGUCUAUUGCAUUCCUCUCAGGCACCGUACUAGGCACUAAGGAUAAAACAGUUAACAAGCUGAAGCCACCCUCGGCUGACCCUCGGCAUUUCCAGGAUGAUCCCCAAGGACCAGAAGGGGCCAGUGAUGGCUGCCAUGGGGGACCUUGCUGGACCAGUGCCCUCACUGGACCUGGGCAAGAAGCUGAGCGUGCCCCAGGACCUGAUGAUAGAGGAGCUGUCACUGCGCAACAACCGAGGGUCCCUCCUCUUCCAGAAGAGGCAGCGCCGUGUGCAAAAGUUCACGUUUGAGUUGGCGGAAAGUCAGCGGGCGAUGCUGGCUGGAAGCGCCAAGGGGAAGGUGACCCGAGCAGCGGCGCCGGAGGCUGGGACGGUUGCCGAUGGCCCCGAGGGCCAGAACUACCGCUCGGAGCUCCACAUCUUGCCGGCCUCGUCCGGGGGUCCCCAGGACGCCCACUUUGCAGCUGCCCCCGCGGAGCGCGCCCGCAGCCCCAGCGCGCUGGCGCCGGGCUACGCUGAGCCCCUGAAAGGCGUCCCGCCGGAGAAGUUCAACCACACCGCCAUCCCCAAGGGCUACCGCUGCCCGUGGCAGGAGUUCAUCAGCUACCGGGACUACCUGAGCAACGGCCCAAGUCACACCCCCAGCCCCGCGGACUACCGAAAUUUCAACAAGACCCCGGUGCCGUUCGGAGGACCGUUUGUGGGGGACACCGUUCCCAGGGCAGGCACCCCCUUCGUCCCAGAGCUCCUCAGUGGCUUGGAACUCCUCCGCCUCAGACCCAGCUUCAACAGAGUGGCCCAGGGCUGGGUCCGCAACCUCCCGGAGUCUGAGGAGCUGUAGGCCCAGCCUGAAUCUUCAGUUCCCCAGUCUCAGGGUUCUGGUAACAUCUGGAUCCAACUUGUGGACAGUACUUCACAGGUUAUGAAGGGCCUUGGCUCUCCAAACCUUGUUGCAAAUGGCCUCAGAGGUCACAAAGUUGAGUAGUGCCCCCAAAGUGAGUGUGCUUUGAAAUUACUUGGGAAAGUUUUUCGUAAUACAGAUUCUGACCUGCCCCAGACUUGCAGUCCCUAUUAAUGGCAGUGCCCCAGGUGAUUCCAGUGUAACUUGCCCGUGGUUUGUGUCUUUAGGAAUCCCGCAGCUUACACUCCCCCAGCGACAGGGUGCUCACUGGCAGCCCAUCUUUACGUGAAUAACUCUGAUGGUUAGAAGGAUAUUCUAUUAUUAGACCUCUAAGAUGCAGUUGGUCUUCAUCUAUUCAUGCUCUAAACAUUUACUAAGCACUGAUUUGUGCUAGACACUGUGCCAGGCCCAGGCCCCGAGGAAGCAAAGAUAGUAGGGAAGACAGAUUUAUAAAGCAGUGAGUCAUCUUAGUCUCCCGAAAGCUUGCUAAUUGACAACUGAGGAGCACAGUGCCAUGGGGCAGAGGAAGGGGUCCCUAACUCUAGGUGUGGGGUAGGGUUCCAGCAACUUCCCAGAGGAUUUGAGCAGGACCUUGGAGGAGGAGUGAGUCCAUUAGGAGAAGAGGGUGCAGUGGGGAGAGCAUUCCUGGAGAGUGGACCGGUACGUGCAAAGGUGUGGGAUUGAGCACGGGCAUGGGGUGCGCUGGAGAAGGGAGAAGGCUGUGUUAGAGGAGUCGGUGAGGGUCAGAGUGAGCAGGUUUUACUAAGGAAAUGGAGGUUUUAGUGAUGCGUCUUGCUGGUUCCUGUGUGGGGCACAGAUUGGAGAAGAGUAAUGCCAGAGGCCGAACAUCUGCAAGGGAUGAGGCCAUGGGGCUGGACAGAGGGGCCACCCACCAGGCACUUACAGGACAGGUGCAAAGGGGGGCCCUUAUUAAGACUUCUUUCCACCCUCCAUUCUGAGCAGGCCCCUUAGUUCCAGUGAUGAUGGUGAUGACGAUGGUGGUGGUGGUGACAGCUGCUUUCUAUUUAGUGCCUCAGUGGCUGGGCUGGUAGUAGGUUCUCUACAUAUCUUAUUUCUAAUUCUCAGUGCCACCUUGAGAGAAAGCGAUUUUACAGACGUGGAUAUCCAGGCUCAAGAGGGAGAAGUGACCUGUCCAGGGGUAGGGUCAAAACGGGACUGUGUCUGACUCCAGCGGCUGUCUCUUCACUGCCCUGGGUGGUCAGGCCACGCCCACUCACUCUGGAGCCGCCUGGUGCCCUGCCUUGGGGUUUAGAAGUCAGGCGCUGGAUGGGAAGGGUUGUGACUCUGCCGCUGCCACAUGGGCUGGAGCGAGUCAUUGCUCGUCUCUGGGCCACCAUUUCUCCAUUUGUGAGAUGAAGGCAAGUCUGGAGUCUCCUUUGUAGGGUUGUUGGGAGCACAAUGCAGGGCGCAUUCACGCUAAGGGCUCAGUCCAUGUUAGGUUUCAUGCAGCUGCUGCUCUGGGCUGGAAAAGAUGUUUUUGCCUCGGGCGGAGCUUGAGAAGCAGGCUGCUGGGGUGUCACUGGGGGCUGGGACAGCUGAAGCCUGCAGGAGAGCCUGUGGCCGCCGUGGGGCUCCCUGUGGGCGUGAAUCGCCUCUUUCCCCCUUGCCUCCCUCUGUCUCCUCCCUGAUUUGCUCUCGGGGAGACCAGGAAGUCCCAGCCGGUCCUGCUCCCCAGGGUGGGUGGCCUAGCGGUUGCCUUUUCCUUUUGUUCUGAAGUUUCACGCCCCUUCUGGGUCCCAAGAGACCAGCAGCCUGACUCUUAGAAUUGCUGCUAUCCAUGUGUUCUCCUGAAUUUGGGGGCUGCCUUUAAAGCCCCUUUGGGCUUUCCAUGAGCUGGAGACCAACAUUAAAGUGUCUGAAGAGGGGAAGAGAGGACCCGGCCUGCCUUGGGUUGUCUGCUGUGCUCUGGGAGGAAACUGCGGCUGCCAGGUGCGGACGGGAGCCUGGAGGGGACACUGCUGCACCCAAAGCGGAUCCUUCUUUCUUUCUUCUUCUGAUGUGACUUUUGCUGAUGUUGUGAAAAAGAAAAAAAAAAUGCUUAUUGUAAAAAUAAAAAGUAACAAACAAGAAAUAAAAUGUGAAAGUACCUGCCCAUAUAACCCCUCCCGUGCACAUACACACACCUCCCGGCCCUCCUGCGUUCUGCCCCAUUCCCACAUUCCAGAGGGGAACCUCUGGUGAC